GGCCACUUAGUCAACUUUCUGCCGAGCGCGAGAGCAAUUGCGUCGCGAUUUCCUCCGAUCGCAUCGUUGUACAGGCGAUUUUUUCCCCAUCCAGCUCGAUGAUGACGAAACGUGAAGGACGUUACAUUUGACCGCCAGGGAGGACGGAAUAUGGGCCUAAAGGCAGCCGUUCAGGCUCUGAAGAAAGCGGAACCGUUAAAGGACAAGGUCCAACGCUGCAAGGACCUGCUUAACGACAACGAUGCCUGGGUGUGUCAGCAACAGCUGCAAAAGAUAUAUCAGCAGGUCCUCAUACUGGAUCUGGAGUACGCCCUGGACAAGAAGGUCGAGCAGGAGCUGUGGAGUCUUGGAUUUAAGAAUUAUAUAGUGACUCUGCAGUCGCAGGCCAAGGACAGGAAGAAUCCCAAGCGAGGCGAGUCACAGGCAUUGCUCAGUUGGUGCCUAGAAGCGGCCAGUGGUUUCUACCUGACCUUGCUGCAAGAAAUCUGCACUGUAUUUGAUUUAGACCUACCGUUUAGAAGGAAAGGUUAUGUGUACGGAUGUACGUCACCAUGGAAGGCCGUUGAGAAAUUAUCUCCACCUCACAAAUCUUCUUGUUUUUAUGCCUGCCAAUAUUGCCUUGUACAUUUGGGCGAUAUCGCACGGUACCGAAAUGAGAGCAAACAAGCUGAGAUGUUCUACAGACACGCUGUCUCGCUAUCACCAUCCAGCGGGCAGCCGUAUAAUCAAUUGGCGCUUCUAGAAGCUUCCCGUGGUGAUAAAUUGGGCACUGUGUUUCACUACGCACGUUCGGUAGCCGUGAAACAUCCUUUCCCAGUCGCUACAGCAAAUCUCGCCACGACUCUGUCCUCCGCUUUGAACGACAAAUCUUUCAAUAUCGACGGCAAGACCAAAUUGAAUUCUCAGGAAUACAUCGCUGUUUUUCUGAAGCUGCACGGAAUAAUCCACGUUCUUGGCGAUUUGAAGCUGGCCUGCUCGUACAGCAAACAAUUGACGGAAACGCUCACCGCGUUGGUAGCUACUGAAAGUUUCAGUUCGUGGAUGCUCGUACAGAUGUUGGUGAUUAAUCUAUACGCUCUGCAACACACAGCCGGGAUUGGCACCGACAGUACGGAAUUGCUCAAGAACAAGCAAAUGGUCAACGAUAAAAAGCUCGCCCGUGACUGUAUACUGGACCUAAUUGCAGGCACUUUGUCUGCCUUGCUGCUACCUGUGUACACGAUAAAGAACUCUAUCAUCGAGUACUUUGCGUUGCCUUCUAUAAAACUGUGCCUUGAUUGGAUCAACAUAAAACCUACGGUUUUGGAAGAAGUUGCUUUUACAUCGAGAUUACAGAUCUGGCCCAGUCUUUGCGUACUUUUGAAUGCCUUGCAGAAUUGUGUGGUGGAUUUUAAAUAUGAUGAAUAUGUUGCAGUACCACUGCCAGAAGAUCGUGACCUUCAAGGUUUUUUACCGUUAGAGAAGAGUUUCGAAAAUCUCAGAUUCACGAAUACAGCGCUGGAGGGUGAUGUCGCAACAUUAAACAAGUUACGGGCGGUACGAAUUCUGCAUCUGGGCCAUUGCUUCGCUCAGUAUCAAAUCAAUGGAUCGAUGCCAAUCUCGAUUGCAACGGAGGAGAAGACGGGCGAUAACAAAUUCACAUCUUUGAGCAACGGCGCCGGUCCCAGCAACGAGUUGAUGAAAGAACUCGAGGAACUUAGCUUGAACAAGGAUAAGCAGCUCGAUACUUCGAUGAGCCCGGUAUUAUCCGAAGCAGCUAGCAGCAAAAGCUCUGUGGAAACUGAUAUCGAUAUUCUUGCGGAUAAGAAGAUUUUUCAGGGUAUUCUUAAGCCGCAAGGUUCCUUAGAACGAAACCGAGACUCCUUAGUGAGUACCACAGAGACGAGCAGCAGCGAGGCAAGUUCUCUUCCGUGCGCGAGAAAACCACGACAGAACAUAGCAAUGCAGGCGAUCAUGCGUCGUGCGGAGAACGAGAAGCAGGUGACGUUUAAGAACGUGUCACCUGUGAUCGUCGAGGAAGAAAAUGAUAGAAAGGCGAAAGUAGUGACCGUUCCGCCGAUUACUUCUGUUGCAAAUAAACCGACACCAAUCUCAGAGAUGCCGAAAGCUAACGAAGCUGCCAAUACAAAUAACAUCCUCGUUAACGUUCAGAACCGGCUGUCGGCGAUGCCACUCGCUCCGGCCGCCGUUCAGAACCAAUCCGCAUCGAUUCAGAGCCAGCAGAGAUCCGCUAAGUUGCCGCCCAGCAUUCCCAUGCCCGCUCAAGUAAAUCAAUUGGCAGCCAAAGAGCAACAAACUCAGCAAGUUGCUCAGCAAAUGCUCCCGCAAAUGCACACUGGAAUGACAGCGCAGUGCGGUCAACAGGCCUCGACAUUGGGACCGGUUUGUUACCCGAAUCAAUCGUUCAACGUGCAGAAUCCGCAAUUCGCCAAGAAUUUCAUGACGAAUCGACCGCUACCGGCAAACACGCCGCGUUAUCAAAUGCAAGGGCAGUUAAAUAAUAACAGCCAGCCGAUUCCAGCGAUGCCGCAGGGCAUUAACGGAAUACAUCAUACGAUCAAUCAGAGCAGACCGUUGCAUCAGAGGAUGCCGAACGUGUCUCACAGUCCCGGGCAGUUGCUGCAGCAGAACAUGCGAUUGGGAUCACCUGCUCAGCAAAAUAUAAUACCGCAAAGUAUGAGUUUGCAAGCGAAUAAUAUGGGACUGCAACCAGGUAUGGGUAUGGAGCAACAGAACCAUUCGAUGGGGCUGCAACAGCAGCAGAGCAUAAUACAGAGCAAUCCCAGACCGAACGACAUACACAGUCAGUUAAAUGUGAACGGUUCGAGUAUAGCAAACAUGUCGGCGAUGAUAUCGGCGUUGUCGGUGUAUGAAAAGGAUCCUCAGCAGCAGCCACUAACGACGCUGACAAAUUCGCAGAGCCCGACCAACACGACGAAUUUCCAACUGAACUUCAAUCAUUUCAAUCAGAAUCAAGCUUUCGGACAACCAUUGUCGCAGAAUCAACCGUCACCGUCGUUCUACAAGAAGAAUUCUGACGCAAUAGAUUUCGCAUUCCCGAAUCAGGUCAACGUAGCUAAGAGUCAGCCGCAGCAACAGCAACAGCAACCUGCGCCUGCGAAUAGUUACAUGUUUUGCAAUUACGAGCCGACUGAGCAUUUUAACUUGUGGAAGGACAGUCGGCCACCUCAACCGCCGAUUACCUGGUGGGGUUCUACCAGUAACACGGCGGUCCAGAUGAACAUGAAGGAUUCGACCGUUAACGACAACACGUUCUCGAACUGGAGCGAUUCAGCCACUGUCGGAAAUACGGCGAGUAGAGUGCCGUUAACACCGGGCAAAAAUUAUCAGCCGCAACAACAAACCGAACAUGGCAGACAUCUUGUGGCAGGAAAUAAUUUUGAGGAUUCCAGGUUGUUUGAGCUCGAACAGAAGCCGUCCCAAGCAGUGAGCACUGGCAACACUUACUCCUUGUUCAGCGGCAACACAUGGAAUACCGUUAAUACAUCAAUCAAUUCGGGCUCGACCAAUCAAGAUCAGGUGAAAGCACGGUUCCAUCAGCAAUCUCUGUGGUCCGGGCCGGGUCCUUCCCCGUUAGAGCGGCUUCUGGAGCAGCAGAAGUCGCUACGCGAGGGGGGUACCACUUGAAGGGACGCGCGGAGCAUCCGCUGAGGAGGCCAAGCAGAGUGUAAUUUCGCGUUCAGCGUAUGCCGAUUUAAGUAACCAUAAGCGUGCGCGACGGCGAAUAAUUACCUAACUAUUCGACAAGAGAUAUGCGAAAUUCUCAAAAGAUAUGUAGAGAGGAAACGGAUAACUGAGGUUGACCGAGGCGCAGCGUCUUCCUCGAGGCAUUAUGAUAUGCACAGGGGUAAUAUAAUAUUCGUUAUUUUUCAAUUGCACAUGUGAGAUCUGCGAGAGACACGAAAUAUACAAUUUUCGGAGUGGAUUUCUGGCAAAUUAAACAAAGCAAAGCGAGAGACAAAUGUUUGCCGAAUGGCGAUUCACAACUGCAAUUUAAUUCAUAUGGGAAUAAAUAGAAAAGGAACAAGAAAAAAAGGUAUUAGAGGUGCGAGAUGCGGUAGCUCUUAGCGAAACGUUAAUUAGUACACAGGAAAUAAAGGAAAAAAUGUAGACACUAAUCACAAGUGACGCGCGCUUGACUUUGUAUCAUUGAUAUAUUUAGAAGACACACAAUAAACACGUCUCGUUUAUCGAAAUUGAUCGAGCGGCGCGCGUCGUCCUGUCUCGGCUUCACAACAUCCCCGAAUACCGAGACCGUAUAUUUGAAAAUCAGACGGACGAACGACAAUUAUGUUUCAACACACUCGUUUUUAUCGUAAUAACUUUAUUUCGUAUAUAGAAGUAUCACACAUUAAUAACUUUUCUGUCCAUAAUAUUAUAUGUAAGUUAUAUCACAUACGUCGUGAUUACGAUACAUACACAUCACGAAGUUUUCUUUCGUUUCGUCGCGAUAAAGUUCUUGAAAUUCUCACGUCAAAACUUCUGAUACUAAUUUUACUGAAAAAAUAUAUAGGAAGUGUUUCAGGCAAAAAAUAUGACAAGUAAUACUUUUUUCUCCCUUCCUAUUCUUUUUUAAACACAGAACUGCCUAACUGCGAUUGUAACGAAAUGUUAAACUAAAAACGUUUGAUGAAAAAUUGUCGCGUUAUCUGUAUCUGAUUGCAUCUGGUCUGCAAUCCGCAAUAUAAAAUCAGUCCUUUUUCAAUCUCUUCUUUAGUUUAUCAAUUAGGCAGUACUGAGAGAUGUAAGUGUACUAAAACGAGUCUAAAAACAUACUCUUAUUUCAAUGAACACUUAAAUUACUUAAAUUACAUCGACAGUUAUAAAAUCAUAAGCAUCGCCAGUAACAUAAUGAAUAAUUAAAAUUUUGGUUUAUGCUGAAUUAAGAAAUAAGCUUCAAUUGUUUGUACAGGAAUAUCACACUUUACAGAAAAAUCAAUCGAUCAAAUAAUCAUCGUUCUUUUUUUGGGAUAAGAAUAAGA